GUCAUUAGGCGGAUAUGGAAUUUGGAUGCGGCACACGACCAGGUGAUUAGGCAGAUUCAGAAGCUGCGACGGAACAAAUUUAGGCACUAUUAAGCUUUGGCCAAACGUCGGCACAAAAAGCAAUUAUGGCAUUACGUGUUUUUAAUCGCAGACACCAUAGGACUGAAUAUUUAGAAACCAAAUCGAUGAGCGAAAUCGAUGCGAGACUUGCAGUCAGUCGUCUGCUAGGCUUCGUGCCCUACGGUUGGAAAGCGAUUCGAAAAUAAUUUAUUUUGGGGAAGUUUUUUGAAAGCGAUAUCCUCGUCCGAUAGCUGAUAGACUGUGGUGGAAGAGCAAGGUAAAUAAAUCGAUAGCCAGACGCAUCAAUGAGCGCCACCGGUGUCGAGAAGACGGAGGCGAGUGCAACGAGGGAAGACCUGCGACGGGAACAGGAUCUCAAGGAGCUGCUCCUGUGGUUCCAGCAAAAUGAGAAACUGCCCAAGGAAAUUGAUCCCCUGCUUCUCCGUCGCUUUUACCAGUGCAUGUAUGGCGACUUGGCGGAGACCCAGAAGCUCAUUGAGGUGAACUAUGCCCUGCGCAACCGACAUCCUCACCUUUUUAUCCAGAGGGAUCCUCUAGACGCGGACAGCCGGAAUACUUUCGACUACGCUGACAUCUUACCGCUGCCGGGUCUAACACCUGAUAAAGCAAAGGUAUCGCUGUACUGCUUCCGGGAUUUUGAUGCAUCAAAGAUGCACCACACAGAGGAUACGCGCGCCUUCUUUAUGGUCAGCGAUUGUCGUUUCGUGACGCCGGACGAUUCUGCUAAUCCAGAGCUUUUAUCCGAGGGCGAGGUGCAGAUUUUCGACAUGAAGGGCACCACCAUGAGACAUAUUUCCCGACUGACGAUCAGCACUCUUCGGGCGUACAUCAAGUUUCUUCAGUUGGCAUUCCCGGUGCGCCUGCGCGCCAUCCACAUGGUAAACUGUCCAACAUACUUGGAUCGAAUCGUUAGCGUGGUGAAGCCGUUCAUCAGCGACGAGGUUUUCAAACUGAUCCGCUUUCACACUGUCAGCUUGGACACUUUAUAUGAGUUUGUACCCCGGGCGAUGUUGCCGGAGGAGUACGGCGGAGGAGCUGGAUCGUUGGAAACUUUGCGGACGCAGACCCAAAAAUCCUUGGUUAAGCAUCGUGACUAUCUGAUGGACCCCAAUCAUUGGGUAGUGGAGAAAACUGAAAAGCGUAACGGCAACUCGUGGAGAUUUUUCAAAUGAUUGGAGAGGGUCACAAUUUUCUGGCAUUUUUUUUUUCAUAUUUGUUGAUUGGUUUUGAUUUUUUUUAUUAUUAUAAAAUUUGUGUAUGUGCCUGUGUAUUGAAACUGUUCCUAAGGCAUUUUUGCCUUAAAUAAAGCUCAUUUUGUAAUUGUUUA